AUGAGUUUCAGGGAUUCGCUUUCAUACUCACGGUAUUCCCGAAGACCAAUUUCAUAUUCUAAUAGUUUCGGGACAUCGUCAUCAGUAUUGAAUUCAUUGGCAUCAUUCCGCUCCGGCCCAUUCGCUGAUAUCUCAUACAACUCAACGCCGGAUGUUAACGAAGUAUAUCCUGGAUUGUUUGUCGGCGACGCAGUGGCAGCAAAGGACAAACAAUUCUUAAGACGAAUGGGCAUAAAUUAUGUUCUCAACACAGCCGAAGGCAAGCGGUACACUCAGGUGGAUACAGACCACAUUUAUUAUCGCGACUGCCCUGGACUUCGCUACAAGGGCUUCCAACUUAUGGACCUGCCCUCGACCGAUAUAUCAAAGUAUUUCUACAUAGCUGCCAACUUCAUAGAUGAAGCAGUUUCAAGCGGAGGUCGCGUAUUAGUUCAUUGUAUGAUGGGUGUUUCACGCUCAGCUACGUGUGCGCUAGCUUUCCUCAUGAUCAAACGAGGAAUGUCUCUCGCUGAAGCAAUUGGCACAGUUCGUGCCCGUCGCGACAUUCAUCCCAAUGAGGGCUUUAUUCGCCAGCUACAACAGCUAGAGAGGGAGCUCCGCCUUAAUCGGAUCCGCUGA